AACUCAAAAGUGGGCUGAAAAGUAUAGAUAGUUCAUGUUUCCCGAGGCUUGAAUCCCUUUUGCGCCUCACUCUCCCCCAUCGUUUCCCGCUUCACCACCGAUUCAUAAUUUCUCAAACUACAAUUUGAACUUCACACUUUUCCGAUACUGAAUCUCACUCAAUAUUCCUUUCCCUUCUUCAAUUAACACAUUCACAACAAUGGAUCUACUCAACCAAUACACCGACAACAACAACGAUCCAGACUCACCAUCUCAAAACCCUAAUUCACCGGAAAAUUCUCCACCCCGUCUCCUCCCUUCCCGUUCCGCCGCCCCCAAAGUAGACGACACCAUGCUCGCUCUAACCGUCGCCGACCCCAAAACCCUCUCCAAACCCAUCGACCCAACUCAACACCUUAUCGCCUUCAACCCUACCUACGACCAGCUCUGGGCCCCGAUUCAAGGUCCAUCUCACCCUUACGCUAAAGACGGUUUAGCACAAGGUAUGCGUAACCACAAGCUCGGUUUUGUUGAAGACGCUAAUAUCGAACCUUUCCUCUUUGAUGAACAGCAUAAUACCUUUUUAAAAUUCGGUUAUGCUGCUGAUCCGUCUGCUUCGAAUUAUGUCGGUGAUUUUGAUGCUUUGCAGAAGAAUAAUGCUGCUUCUGUUUAUAAUAUCCCACACCGUGAACAGAAGAAGCGGAAAAUUGAAUCUCUUAAGAAGAAAGAAGACAAUGAUAACGAAGAAGACGAAAGUAACAACGACAAACAGGGUGCUGAGAUUGAGAAUCCAGCUUCUGAGGCGUGGUUGUUGAAGAAUAAGAAGAGUCCUUGGGCUGGGAAGAAGGAAGGUUUACAAGGAGAGUUAACUGAAGAUCAGAAGAAAUACGCUGAGGAGCACGCGAAGAAGAAAGGCGAAGAAAAAAGUGGUUUUGGUGGUGAGAAAGUUGAGGCUGUUACAGAUAAGAGUACCUUUCAUGGGAAAGAGGAAAGGGAUUAUCAAGGUAGGUCUUGGAUUGCGCCUCCAAAAGAUGCAAAAGCGAGUAAUGAUCAUUGUUAUAUACCGAAGAGAUUGGUGCAUACUUGGAGUGGACAUACGAAAGGGGUUUCCGCUAUUAGGUUUUUUCCGAAUUCGGGUCAUUUGAUUCUAUCUGCUGGUAUGGAUACUAAGGUCAAGAUUUGGGAUGUUUUCAAUACUGGCAAAUGUAUGAGGACUUAUAUGGGUCAUUCAAAAGCUGUUAGGGAUAUUUGUUUUACCAAUGAUGGAACUAAGUUUUUGAGUGCCGGUUAUGAUAAGAAUAUUAAGUAUUGGGACACCGAAACGGGGCAGGUUAUAUCAACUUUCUCCACUGGGAAGAUUCCUUAUGUUGUGAAGCUUAACCCGGACGAGGAUAAGCAGAAUGUUUUGUUGGCUGGUAUGAGUGAUAAGAAGAUUGUUCAGUGGGAUAUGAAUACAGGGCAGAUCACUCAAGAGUAUGAUCAACAUUUGGGGGCGGUGAAUACCAUUACUUUUGUUGAUAAUAAUCGGAGAUUUGUUACUUCCAGUGAUGACAAGUCCCUCAGGGUCUGGGAAUAUGGCAUUCCUGUGGUUAUAAAGUAUAUUAGCGAGCCACACAUGCAUUCUAUGCCUUCCAUUUCGCUUCACCCCAACGCAAAUUGGCUCGCCGCGCAGAGUUUGGAUAACCAGAUACUUAUUUAUAGCACAAGGGAGAAGUUUCAACUUAACAAAAAGAAGAGGUUUGCUGGACAUAUUGUUGCUGGAUAUGCUUGUCAGGUAAAUUUUUCGCCGGAUGGUCGUUUUGUCAUGUCGGGAGAUGGUGAGGGUAAGUGUUGGUUCUGGGACUGGAAGAGUUGCAAAGUCUUCAGAACUCUCAAGUGUCAUGAAGGCGUUACCAUUGGUUGCGAGUGGCAUCCUCUGGAACAGAGCAAAGUAGCAACAUGUGGCUGGGACGGGUUGAUAAAGUACUGGGACUAGGUCUGUUCAAUGAUGCCUGUUGCUGGAACUAAGUAGCAGAAGCAAGGUAGACAAAACACCGCUUGACGACCAAAGGAGUAGCAACAUAGUGAAUAUCAGAUUUUUCUUAUACCUAUCAAGACACUGUCGCCAAGCAUUGUGUGCUAAUUGCACUGUUGUAGUACCAUAUCAGAGUUUCUUUUUAAGAUGUUUUAGUCUUUUGUAUAAUAGUAACUUAAGUUAGAUAUUCUUCAGUUUGAAAAAUCCCCUGUCAUGUUGCACUUCAAUUUAGCUUUGCGCUUGGAGCUGUCAUUAAUUCUGUUGGGAUUUUUGUCA